AUUCCACCAAGGAGAAGACCUUGAUGUUCUGAUUCCCUAUAUAUGUGUGUGACUGGGUUCUGUUCUCGUAGGACCUGGUUUAGGUAUCAUCUUCGCUGCUUCUGUUUGUGUGCGGAUAAUGGCCCGGAAGUUUUUCGUCGGUGGCAACUGGAAAUGCAAUGGGACGAGCGAGGAGGUCAAGAAAAUUGUCGGUACUCUGAAUGAUGGAAAAAUUGAAUCGCCUGAAGCUGUUGAGGUUGUGGUUAGCCCACCAUUUGUAUUUCUUCCUCUUGUGAAAAGUGUGCUGCGCCCAGAUUUCCAUGUUGCGGCACAAAAUUGUUGGGUGAAGAAAGGGGGUGCUUUCACUGGUGAGGUCAGUGCUGAGAUGCUUGUAAACCUUGGCAUUCCUUGGGUUAUCCUUGGACACUCGGAAAGGAGACUUUUGUUAAGUGAAUCAAAUGAGUUUGUUGGGGACAAGGUUGCAUAUGCACUCUCUAAAGGUUUAAAGGUCAUUGCUUGUGUUGGUGAGACACUUGAGCAACGUGAAUCAGGAUCCACCUUCGAAGUUGUUGCUGCACAAACAAAAGCUAUUGCAGAACGAAUUUCUGACUGGACCAAUGUAGUCCUAGCCUAUGAGCCAGUUUGGGCAAUUGGAACAGGAAAGGUUGCUACUCCAGCUCAGGCCCAAGAGGUUCACUCUGAAUUACGAAAAUGGCUUCAGAUAAAUGUAAGUGUUGAAGUUGCAGAAUCAACCAGGAUCAUAUACGGAGGUUCUGUAACUGGUUCUAACUGCAAAGAACUUGCAGCACAGCCUGAUGUUGAUGGAUUUCUCGUUGGAGGUGCUUCGUUGAAGCCGGAAUUCGUGGACAUCAUCAAUGCUGCCACUGUCAAGGCCUCUGCUUGACAAGCCUCUUUUUUUGAGUUGAAGGCCUAUGACCUUUGAUUUUUGCAUCCGGAAACUCUUCCUCAAUCGAAGUCCCUGUCUGUUGCUUGUAACCGAAAUAAACUAGCAAUUUUCAAGUUCAUGUUUGAAAGACUAUUUAUUUGCUAUGCCAUGCUUAUGAAGAAAUAAUGGCCGAGUUGCAACUAGUUAAA